GGCACCUGUAGGGAAACUCCUUCUGUAAGGCUGAAGAAGAUGCAGGUUCAGCUUGUCUUCAACUGUAUUGAUGAGCCUACCUUUUAGCUGCCUUGUUUAAGCUCUUGGAACCUUGCUACCUGAACUGACUGAUUAUCUGGACUGUGCUACUGAGCCCUAGGCUUCAACUUUGGAUUGGAACCCUAGCACCCUUGUGUCCUGGGACUUGAUUCGGCCUGGUGAGUAGGACAGGAUUCAGGACUGCAGAUUCAACGGAUUUGUCAUAUGGUGGAGCUCUUUUGGGCUGCAUCACAGCAGACUGAAUGUCCAUUUGCUUGAAUAUGCCUGGAAGGAGGGAGUGUGCAAGCCUGUGGCAUGGUCUCUGUCUUCCCAAUCAUAUUUUAGAGGAUUGGGAAUAUUAUAUUUGAAUUGACUGGACUGUUUGCAAUCCUAUGCUCAUUCCUUUGGAGUAAACCCAAUUAAACUGACUUGGAAUUACUUAGCAAAUGAAGAUUAAUGUGGAUGUGAAUUCUGCUGCGAACCACCCAAUUUCAGUUUAAGCUUGAAGGCCUCACCCAACGAAACCCAAGGCAUAAUUAUCAGAUUAUGGCAUCAUCCAAUGAAGAGCUUAGUUCUGACCACAGCUUUUCAUCUGAGACUGAGACAGGAAAUGAGAACAUGGCCAUGGCAGCAGAUGGGCCUUCAGACUCAAGGUGUCCUAUCUGUUUGGAAAGAAUCCGAAAUGUGGCAUUCUUAAAUCCCUGCUUCCAUAGAUUUUGUUUUGGUUGUAUCCUAGAGUGGUCAGACAGGAAAGCUGAGUGCCCACUUUGUAAGCAGCGAUUCCUCUCAUUCUUUCACACCAUCAGGUCUGACACUGAUUUUGAAGAAUACAUUAUACGCUUUGAAAAUUCAUCCUAUGGCACGUGCGGGGAGAGGUCAGAAAUGGCUGAAGGACUUGAGUCACUGCUAGAUACUGGGAUCUUGUAUGAAGGAAACCCAGGUCUCCACACUCAAACUAGGAUGGGAACACUUGAUAAGCUGAUGAGACAUCUGGGAAUAAGGAGGUCAUCUCACCCUGCAGGAAUAUCCCUUGGUCAGGUUCGAGAACAAGUUACUAUUAAGUUCAGGAGGGCGCUUUAUCAGUCUGGAGUGCGUGUCAGAAAUGUCCAAAGUGGAGGAUUUUAUAGAGAUAUAUCAGCAAAUUUUUUCCAGAGGAACCCAGUCCGUCUCAACAGACUAGUUCCUUGGCUGAAACGUGAGCUGAAAGUGCUCUGGGGUACACAUUCAUCCUUAAUCAACAAUACACAGCGCAUCAUUUUGAAUAACAUAACUAUCUAUGAUCUAGACAGCCAAGCAUUUGCUGAUACUAUACAUCCUUAUUUGCUGCAUUACACCAGUCAUUUCUUGCAUGAGUUCAUUAAUUUUGCCCGUUCCCCUUUCAACAUUAAGGCCUAUGACUGGCGAGCCACUUAUGACAUUCCCUUUCCAAUGCAUGAUGACAGUUUCCAAUCUUAUUCAUCACUUACUACAUCAUCUUCAGAAGAAGAGGAAGAGGAAGAAGUGGAAACUGAAGAGUCUGAGGAGGAGGAGGAAGAGGAGGAGGAAGAUGAUGAAUCAGCAACAAGUUAUGAGGAAGCAUCAUGGGAUGAAGAAAUUUUAGGUUCAGUCAGUUUAGGUUCAGAUGAGAGUGUGGAGGAGUAUUUUCUGCCUUUUGGAAUUUCAGAUGGAGAACUUGUUAGAAGUGAAGAAAACAUGCAUGCAUCUUUUCAAGCUGAUUCACAUUUAGGUGCACACGACAGACACUGCCCGUUGCACAAAUGUGUCGUCAAUCAGAUAGAAGAUAGUACACCAAUGCUAUGCAAAUCUAUCCCCAGUUGCAUGGAGAAUUCACAACUCAACAUUGAAAAUGCUGAUGAAGAAGAAGUGAAUGCAGAAGAGAAGGGUUUAAGAAGUCAUAGCUUUGGAGUUGGCACUGGUAGUAGAGCUUCAGCUGUCACUCAUGUUGACCACCUUGCCUGCAGUAACCAAGUGCCUGAGCCUUUGCAGACUCCAUCUCAGCAGCAAAAAAAAGAUAGUGCAGAUCGGACAUCACAAGAAAAAGACCCAGUGAGCACAAAGCUGAUCCCUCACACAGGGGAUGAGAUUAUUUUCAUUGAGAUGCUGCAGCCCAAAGCAGAAGAUGUUUUGGUUAUUGAGCAAAUUGAACUGAAAACAAGAGAAACGAACAGACCAGAACAGCAGCUAUGGCAAGGCGAAGAAAUUGCUAGAUCUGCAGGACUGCCGUCCUCCACGGAAGGCGUACCAUGUGGUUCACCUAACCAGUGGGAAGGUGGAUGCUUUUCAUGUGUCAGAAGACCCUGAUUAGCACAUCAUCAAAGCCAAUACCAUAACCCGCAAGGGAACCCUGUUAAAUCGUUCUCUUAUUGAGGUUAUUCAUGUUACACUCAAUCCAAUA